UUAGAAGCGUCAGUAAGUUUUGUAGUUUUCUAACUGUGCGCGCGCGUAACGUUAUGCAUAUAGUCCUUUACCAGACUUUUUGUUCUAAAAACGCGGGGUGUUAGCAUAAAUUCACCGUUAAGGUAGCUUCGUGAUUUACGAAGAACUUUUUUCAAGCUAAGGGAGGGCGAAUGUCGUGUUUUCUUAUUGUGAUUUGGAGGUACGCGUGUCAUGAGACCGCGGGGAAAUGAAUAAUGACGAAUCGGUCAGGAAAUAAAAUAUGAUUCGAUCAAGAUGAGGAGGACGUACAAUACCACUGCGGAUGCUCGAACAUCUGAUUGCGUCGAAUUUACUAGGCGUUUGUACAAAAAUAUAACAGACGUCGCUAAAAGAUUGGAUGAACAAAGAAGUCGAGCGUUAACAGUAACAGAUAUAUUUAUUCCUUCUGGUGAAGUGCUACGAGUGAAAUUAAAGGAUUAUUGUGAGAGAUUAAUUUUUAAAGAUCCUGUUGGGCAUGGCCGUAAAACUGAAGAAUUAUUAUGGAGGAAAGGAUUUUACGAUAUCGUAUAUGCGGCAAAAAAAUUACGAAAGAAUAACGCCUGGAGUGAUACAGAGAAAGCAUUACUAUUUGUUCAUUUGGCAGUUGGUAUAGGAUUUUAUCAUCACUUGAUAUUAAGAUUACAACUGGAGUAUGGUUUAGAUUUAGUUGGUGUCAUUGAUUUUGCGUUCACGCAUAACGAAACUGGAGCAUUACAUACAAAAAAUAAAAGUGGUCAAUCGAAAGUUCAUACAGAGGAAGUGAAACAAUGUGUUAUGAAACUUAUCCAUAGAAGUUUGGUAUGUCUUGGCGAUUUGACUAGAUAUAAAUUGGAGUUAGAUCCAAACUGGGAUCCUAUGAUAGCAAAUAGAUAUUACAAAAUGGCUAUAUGUAUCGAUCCAAACAUUGGAAUGUCACAUAAUCAACUUGGUACGGUAGCAGGUAACAAAAAUUAUGGAUUGGACGCGGUAUAUUAUUACAUGAGAUGUGUUCUAUGUUCUGAACCCUUUGAAGGAGCAGAAGGUAAUUUGAAGAGAGCCAUCAUCACUCAUUCGACUUGUUCCGAUGAUAAAUGUUCGGUACAGCAUUGUAUAUCAAGAUUGCUAUCUCUAUUGCAAUUAUGGGAUUGCGAAAUUCCAAAUUCUGAUCGUGUAAAUCAAGAAUGCCAGGACCUUUUAAAUGACAUUGAGAUUUGUUUGAGUAUGGAACAAGUUGAUUCGCAUAAUCCGAAAGAUAUAAAAAAUGAUGACAACAUUGAAAAUUAUCUUCAGUCGUGCAGAAAUGAAAAUGUAUCUUAUUUGACAGAUGAAAUAAUAUUUAAAAUUGUUGCCAUCUGUUUGAUGUCAAUUUCGAAAUUAAAAAGUAAGGAAUCCAGUGAAGUACACGGAGUCAUUGCUAUAACAUUAGCAAUAUUAUCACAAUUGGUGCAAUUUGCAAUAACGCGAAUACAAGAGUCGUUGAUAGACGUGCCAUCGGUUUUAACUGAAGUAACAAAUAGUAAACCUUGUUCUACAGAAGAGAAUGACAAGCAAAAAAUAAUCAAUAAUUCGGAAGUAGCUGGAGUAUAUGAAGAACAAAAAAAGGAAAAAAUUGGACAUGUGUAUAAAAGCAAGGAACUUGCCGAUUUAAAUAAUAUUGAUAAUAAUCUGAAUAACGUGAAAGAAAUUUCAGAAAGCAAUGGAAAUGUAUAUCAGGGUACAAAAAAGACAUCUGACAAAACAAAAAGUUUGCUUACAAAACUUCGACGUCGAAAGAGAAGAAAUAGUUCAGACUCCGAGGGGAGUGAUAUAAAUCAGAUGAAUGCAGGAUCCUCCAGUGACGAAGCAAAUUCGGAUAUUUCAGAAACGGAAGACGAUAUUCUCAGCGAAGAAAAUAUUUUAUCAGACGAUGCUUUAUCCGAUGACAUAACCGACGAAGAAGGUAUUUCUAAAGAAGCAAAGAUAGAAACUGUCGAUGUUAAAUCAAACGAACAGUUAAAUGGCGAAAAGAGUAUGGACAAUAAUACAAAAAAUCACACAGAAGUUUUAGCUUUUCAAAAUGGAGAAAAUAGCCACUUACAAAAUGGUGGAAGUCUGAAAAAUGACGACCAAACGGAUUUAAAAGUGAUGAACGAUAAAGAAUCAGUAGAAAAUUCCAGAAGUACUACAACCAUAACAACAAAUAUUGAUUCCAGCAGUGCAUUGGAUGAAAGUAGUGGAUCAACAAAUACUAUAACGUAUGUGGCACAGUUGAAAAAGCAUAAUUUGAAGCCAAACGACAGCUUGAAAAUUUUAGAAGGUCAAGGAAUACUUGCAUCGAUAAAAAUUUGUUGUGACUGGUUAAGAAGUAAUCACGAUAUCAUAAGACUGUGUGCAAGAAGUUCCAAAAUAUUGCUUAAACGAAUAACGAUAUUGUUAAAUCUAAUAAACAUUAAUACAGAAGUUAUUUUAAGAGAUUGGGAUACAAACACUAUUUUUGUUUCAAGUACCGAGGAUUUGCAAAAACUUGUGAAGCUCGUGCCACUUCCCGAAGAUUUAGAUUUGAGAGGUGUUAAUAUAUUGGAAGAUGCUCAAAAAAGUUUAAAUUGGAAGAUAUUACAUAAGUGUAAGAUGAACAAACAAAUGGAGAUACUGCUAAGGGCGUUAAAAUUGAUUGAAUUUGGGCAUUAUCUCAGUUCUACUAAAGAUUCUGGGAUAAAAUAUGACAAUGAUAACAAAUUGUUUAUAACGAUCAAUCCAAAUGUUUCUAGUGCAAUAAAGGGUGAUAAUCUAGAGAGUAAAGACUUAGAAGCGAAUCAUUCAAGAGGAAAGUUAAUGAGACACAUGGGAAGACUUUGGUUAAAAGCUGAAGUAAGAGCCUUAGAGACUCGUUUGCGAUCUAGAUUGAUGUCGCCUUAUUUGGUACCUGAUCACGAAGCUUUAGCUAAACAUACUCCAGCUCUUAAGCGUUUGGUAUAUGCAAAGAAAUUUAUUGUGGUCAUUCCUACCGUUGUGGUCUCUGCUUUGGACGAAGUAAAACGAAUAAGUGGUCGUGCCAGGGAAGCGACCAGAUGGUUGGAAACACAACUUCGAAAGGGAUCAAGAUUUUUGCGAGCACAAAGACCGCACGAACGACUAGCACUUCCUUUGAUUAAAGGUCCAAGGCCAAAGGAUAAAGAAGCGUGGUUAUUUUUUCAAAUAAUAGAAUGCUGCCACUACCUUACUCAGCAAACCAAAGUUGGAUUAACAAACGACGCGGAAGCUCCAGUUGUAACACUUCUUACAGGUUGUAGUCCGGAUGAAAAAAGAAGUUUCACGUUUAGUCCAGAUGGAUUAGCAAAAAGUGCAGGUGUUAACAUCGAACAUAUAGAAUCAUUUCAUACAAAGUGGAAAGCAUCUAGCAAAAGUCAUGGUUGAGCGCAAUCAAUGCUCAUGCAAUGUCUAUUAUCUGCUGCUAUCUCAAAUUGAAGAGAUAACAAACGAUACGUCCGUCUAAAGAGCUGCUCAAGUUCUGCUCGGGCGAAUACGACGAAGGGGUUGGAAACCCAUAAAAAGAAAAUUUAUUCUUCUGCAAUAAAUUCGUGGAAAUAAUAUCUUUCCACGCAGAAAUUCUAAA